AUGCUUGGAGGAGCGCUCUUGAAGGUAGUAUUACUAAUAUACUUCGUCGAUAUCAUCGUCGAUGGAUUCACCGACCACAAUGAUUUGCCACUAAUUCUUCGGUAUGAGGAUAUUUCACCUAUGUUCCAACUACUUCCGCAAUCCAAGACACGUGUGCGACGUGCGUCCUACAAAUUGCCCCAAGAAAAGGCUCCUGAGGAACAUGAAGGGCCGGAUAUGUGGAAUACACAUAUACCAGAUGAAGUGGAAGUGGAAAAGGAAAACAACACAGUUGAUCACCAGUACUACCUAGUGACUAUAUAUUCAAAUCGUUCUGAACAAAUGAACAAUUAUUGGGUCGACAUUGACACGAUGUUAAAGAAACCAGGAGUAGUCGGUAACGCGAGCCACCCGCUUCUGUCUGGAACCUAUCGGAGGGCUGUCGGCGCUAAACUUAGCUUCAAAUUCCCUUUCUAUGGACAUAUGAUGAUGAAUCUAACUAUUGCCACUGGAGGAUUCCUCUACGUCGGCGAUCAAACUCACAACUGGUUGGCUGCCACGCAGUAUAUCGCCCCGCUUAUGGCUAAUUUCCACACAACACUAGAUGGUUCAAGUAUUCUCUAUGCGGAUGAUGGUGAGCGUUUUGUAGUAGAAUGGAGGAAAGUACAAUUAAGGGAGCAGCAGCAAGCCGGCUCAUUCACAUUCCAGGCGUCAUUGUAUAAAAAUGGCUCCAUUGCAUUUGUUUACAAAAAUGUGCCGAUGAACGUGUCAAAUAUAAGUGACGAACAACAUCCUGUAAAGUGUGGCAUUAGUGAUGCUUAUCUGUACCAUCACAUGCUCAUGACUCACGGAACAAUGAGUCCUAAACGUGUCAUCUAUGAGUAUCACCGAAUCGAAAUUCCUCUCGAAAAAGUUUUGACUGAUACUGUUGUUUACCUAGAAGCACAACCUGCAUGCAUUGGUUUCCAAACUUGUGAGUCCUGUUCCAAUGCUACAUUGAAGCAUUUUACAUGUUCAUGGUGUCAUGCAAAGAAAUCUCAUGGAGGGCCGUUUUGCACUGAUCAGGGAGGAAUUCAUCGUCGUCGUCAACAUUGGGCUGAAAAUAACUGUAAGAAUCAAGGGAAGAACAUGUAUUGUAAUGCGGCUACCGACGAGGAUGAGGUAGAAGAUGACAGUUCAACUCCUGCUUCGGAGAAACCGUCUUCACCGGAUGAUGUUAUACCACUGGAGAAGGAACGAAAAUCUGAAAAAGUAAAAGGUAAAACAGAUGGCGGUGGUUACGCAGCGCUUGUUUUUAUGCUUGGAUGUUCUUUGUGUUUGGUUGGCUGGUUGGCAUAUGCAUACUACAAUCCACAUACCACAAGUGGACAGUUGCUUAUUAAGUACCGUCCGUCUCGUUGGAGAGUGCCAAGUAGUCAUGUUCGUUACAGCGCCUCAGUUCACAUAAUGCACCGUUCUUAUGAUCUUUUCAACUCGGUUCACGACGUAAUUCCACGUUGUUCCGUCAUCUGGAAACGGCAGCUUUUCCUUGCGAUAUAUUGA